CCAAACGUAGAUCCUUACUCAGCAUCGUCCAAACUCUCCGGAUUAGACCUAACAUGUCAUCGAUCAUCCCAAAAGUACUCGUUGGUAUCAUAGGUGGAUCCGGGUUACACAAGCUAGACAGUUUGACAUUCAUUGAGGAAGUCAACCCUGAAACUCCAUGGGGUUAUCCCUCUUCGCCCAUAACCAUUGCUGAGGCUCCUGCGGGACAUCGUAUUGCAUUCCUGUCGCGUCAUGGAGCCACUCAGUCAAUUUCCCCAUCGGCAGUCCCCUCUCGAGCAAAUAUCGCCGCUUUACGAUCGCUUGGGAUCCGCGCAAUUUUGGCCUUCAGCGCUGUGGGAUCUCUCCGGGAAGAAAUCCGUCCCGGAGAUUUUAUCAUCCCAUCACAAAUCAUCGAUCGCACGAAAGGAACACGGAAAGCUAGCUUUUUUGAUGACACAAACGUCGUUGCCCACGCUAUGUUUGGAGAUCCCUUUGAUAAAGAAUUAUCUGAAUUUGUCGAGACCCUUGUUAAAGAAGCAAUCAAAGGGGAUGGGAAUGCACAUGAAAGGCAGUUGCACAUAGGCAAAACAGUGGUGUGUAUGGAGGGUCCACAGUUCUCGACUCGCGCGGAGAGCCUCAUGUACCGGGCAUGGGGAGGCGACAUUAUCAACAUGAGCGUGCUGCCAGAGGCCAAGCUGGCGAGGGAGGCUGAGCUCAGCUACACGCUCAUUGCGUCGGCCACUGAUUAUGACGCUUGGCGCGCGGGCUAUGAGCCUGUGACUGUCGCAGAAGUUGUGAAGACUCUGCGUGGUAACGCCGAAACGUCCCGCAAAGUAAUCGCUACCAUCGCAGGUCAUGUCCAUGAUAUGGUGGAAAGUGGGACUGUAUUGAAGAGCGCGGUAGGCGCAAUGAGAUACUCCAUCGUGACCCCUAGGGAUUACCAAACACAAGAAGAUAGGGAGAAGCUCAAGUUCGUUCUGCCGCAGUACUUUAACUAGAUUCAAAGUCUGUAAACAAGUAAAACUAGAUUGAUGUUAAUCUAGAAUCCAAACGCGUGCCUCAUUACCACUGUCCGGCUGCCACCGGGCGUGGUAUGGU